GAAAAUCAAAUUUUCGCUGAUGAUGAAGAGGAUCUUUAUACAUCGCUUGAAAAAGCAAGGAGGUUAGCUCUUAAAAAGCAAGAAGAAAAAUCAGGUCCACAAGCUAUUGCGCUUCUUGCUAGCAAAGCCACCAGCAAUCAAACUACAGAUAUCAAAACACCUCCACUGGAGAGGCACAAGAAAACAAGGUUGUAAUCACAGAGAUGGAGGAGUUUGUUUGGGUCUUCAGCUUGAUGAAGAAGCUCAUAAGCCUGAUAGUGAAGAUGUUUUCAUGGAUGAGGAUGAAGUGCCGGGAGCUUCUGAACAAGAUAGAAAAAAUGCAGAAAAAGAGGUGGGUGGAUGGUCGGAAGUAGCUGAUACUAAUGUUGAUGAAAAGCCUGCAAGUGAGGAUAAGGAUGAGAUCGUUCCAGAUGAAACCAUUCAUGAAGUUGCAGUUGGCAAAGGAUUAUCAGGUGCACUGAAGCUACUUAAAGAUCGAGGAACACUUAAAGAAACUAUUGAAUGGGGUGGCCGGAACAUGGACAAGAAAAAGAGCAAACUUGUUGGCAAUGUAGACGAAAACCGUCAAAAUGAUAGAUUUAAAGAUAUUCGCAUUGAAAGGACAGAUGAAUUUGGUCGAAUUAUGACUCCGAAGGGAGCCUUCCGGAUGCUUUCUCAUAAAUUUCAUGGCAAGGGGCCAGGCAAAAUUAAGCUAGAAAAACGGAUGAAGCAAUAUCAGGAAUAAUUGAAGCUGAAGCAA